AUGUAUUCGCUGGAAGUGCACCUUGACGACAAAGCGCACAGCUUCAACAGCGUCCACGUGGCGGGCUCGUUCAACGACUGGUCGCAGACGGCUGACGCGCUAGAGUACGACACUGUAGACACCAGAUGGGCUACCCGGCUGAAACUGAGCAAUGUCAGUGUGGGGGACAAAUUGCUGUAUAAAUUCGUUGUCAACGAGCAGGAGUGGGUUUGCAACGACCAAGAGGCGACGGAGACAAACGAGUUGGGCAUACAGAACAACGUUGCGGUGAUCACAGAGGCCAUGGAGGAGCCGGAUUCCACAGUGUCGUCUGCCUGGGUCGAGGUGGAGGACCACCGGGACGAGCCAGAGGAAGCAGCCAAGCAGGAGCACGAACACGAGGCCUCGGCUGAGCCGGCACCAGAGCCGGAGGCAAACAACGUGUCGCACAAGAAAAACUACUACUCGUGGCUGGUUUCGAUGGCCGGGCUGCUCGAGUCGCUCAAAUGGUUUUUCAAGUGCUAUCUCCCACGUGCCGAUGUCGCCGCCAUAGUCGCCGAUCUGGCGUGCGAGCACACCGAUAUAGUACACCUGGUCCAUCCCGAGCACCGCCCCCACGGCCCCCAUGCAGAAGGCCAGCGACGCAGCAAUCCCGUACGUGUGGCAGCUGGCGGAGUCCCAAGCUGCAAAGUUGUAGCAGGGCUUCUUUCCAUAUUUUUGAGAGACCGUUGUUUCACAGGCCACUUCCUUCGACUCGACAUCGUCUGGUAUUUCGUCCGCCGAGAACUCGAAUCUGAACAGGCUGACCAACUUCGUGGAGCGGAAGAUCAGGUUCUCCUCCACGAGUAUCACAAAGUAGAUCGUGAUCCAGUAGCCCAGCAUGGGCAGGAAGUUCGAGAGGAUCGUGCUCAGCUUGUCUCUGCCGGCCAUCGCGAGCACCAACGUCACGGCAAACACCACGAGCACCAUGAACCAGCGCGGGAUGUUGCGGUAGACCCACGGAUCGACGAUCUGGAUAAUCAGCGCGGACGAGUACAGGUUGAUGAUAUUGUUGGUCAUGAGCGAGAGCCAUAG